AAGAUUAACGUACUCUUGAGGUUGGGUUAUAUUUACAAUGCUUAUUGAAAAUGUUUAAAAACAUCUUAUAACAAACAAUUCAAAUGUCACGGGAUUAUGAUCAUUUAUUCAAACUUCUUAUCAUCGGGGAUAGCGGGGUUGGAAAAAGUAGCCUACUUUUAAGGUUUGCUGAUAAUACCUUUUCUGGGAGUUAUAUCACAACUAUAGGAGUCGAUUUUAAAAUUCGAACUGUAAAUAUAGACGGAGAAAGAAUUAAGCUUCAAAUAUGGGAUACUGCUGGUCAAGAACGCUUUAGAACAAUUACCUCAACUUAUUAUAGAGGUACACAUGGAGUUAUCAUUGUAUAUGAUGUAACAAAUAUGGAUUCAUUUAUCAAUGUUAAGCGCUGGUUGCAUGAAAUAGACCAAAACUGUGAUGAUGUUAAUAGAAUAUUAGUUGGUAAUAAAAUUGAUGAUCCUAAUAAAAGGGUAGUAUCUUAUAAAGAAGCUAAAAUAUUUGCAGAUCAAAUGAAGAUUAGGCUUUUUGAAACAAGUGCAAAAUCAAAUACAAACGUUGAAGAGAUGUUCGACGCGAUAACUCAUAUGGCAUUAAAAACCAAAAAAGAACAAAUAGCCCGAAAUCAACAAAACCAAUCAAAUAAUAAAAAUAAACAAUCUUCAUCUUCCCGCCACGACUCAAAUGCUGCCAACAAUAAGAUUAAAAUUGGUGCUUCCUCGCUUAUCAAUAACAUUAAUAGAAACAAAAAUAGUAAAUGUUGUUAAAGGAAUGAACUAAUAAUAAAAAUAGAAUAAACCUUAAUAAUAUAUAGAGCAAUGAAAAAAUAAUAAUCAUUAACU